UCAUCCCUAAACAUAAACCCAGAUGAUCGCAAAACCCGACAACACUCUUCCAAAAACCUUUUCUCUCUCCUCAACUCUACCCACCAAAUCACCCCGUAAUCAUAAUUCGGGAUUUUCUCCUUAGCAAAAUGCAUCAAUUUGAACAGCACCAAUUCGGACUGCCCGGAGAAUUUAACCCAGAAAGAAAUGAAUAGGAACUCUAGCCGGAAAACGAGGAAUUGAGAGCGAGAGAAUGAAAGGUUGACAACGAGGCCGAAAGUAGAGCAAGUAGGGAAGGAGGUGGAGAGAACGGUAGAGACUAGAGAAGGAAAGGAAAGGGAGUCACAUUAUUUAGAUGGGUCGGAUCUUGUACUUGUAUUUAAAAAUAAGUGUCAACAUCUCUGCACUUUGAUUCUCUCUUCCUCCUUUCUCUCACUCGCCAACUCUCUCUCUCUCCCUCUUGUUUUUCUCUCUCCUGGAUCUCCUGACAAUAAGCAUGAAACUUCGUGAUCCGUUCCAUACCAUUUUACCAGAUUUAAUACUCUUUCUCGUUCUCUCUCCUCUGUUUUCACCAAACAAAACUUUCCAUCUUUAUUAAUUUUAUUUAUAACAACAAUUCCUUCCUUUUCACAGUCCCACUGAUUCUGGGUUUUUAAUCCUCUAAAAUCUCAACUGAUUUUACUUUUUCUCUCUUCAAAAUCAAAUUUCAAAAAUUAAAAAAAAAUAUAUUGUUUAGAAAAAAUGGAGGAGAAAAGAGAUGAAGAAGAAUUGAAGCAUCCUUGUAAGCUUUGCAACAAGAGAUACCCAAGUGGGAAGUCCUUAGGAGGUCACAUGAGGUCUCAUGUCAUUAGUAACAGAAACAGACAGCCCAUUCCGAUUCCCAUUGCCAUUCCCAAAUUUGAUGUUUAUGACGAUGAAGACGAUGAAGAUGAGGAAGAAGAUGAAUUCGGGCUUGGCAAUGGGCAUGGGAACGGGAGUGAAGGAGGGAAGAUUUCAGGGUAUGGGCUCAGAGAGAAUCCUAAGAAAACUUGGAGAUUGGUUGAUUCAACAAUUCAUACCAAACACCAACAACAACUGAAUCAGUUCCAGCAGGAAAGGGAAAGGGAAAGGGUAUGCAAGCAAUGUGGAAAAGGGUUUCAUUCCCUUAAAGCAUUGUGUGGGCAUAUGAGCAGCCAUUCUGAGAAAGAAAGGAACUUUAAGGAUGAAGAAGAUGAUGAAGAUGAUGAUAACUCAUGGUCAAGUGAUAGUAAAGAUCAGCUGAUCUUAACCAUGGAGUCUCAUUCUGAUAAUAACAACAAAUCCAUGUCCAAGCGCCGAACCCGAUCCUCCUUGUUAAGGUACAGGUCUCUCACUCCUUCUACUACUACUAUUGGUGGUUGUUACGGUGGUGGUGGUGGUGGUGGUGGGUCAUCAUCGAACCACUCUGAAAUUGAUCAACAUGAACAAGAGGAAGUUGCUAUAUGUUUAAUGAUGCUUUCUAGGGAUUCAUCAGGAAUUACUAAAAAGAGUUGCUUUAAUUUUACUGCUGAAUCCUCUGAUAACAACUCUGUCAUCUUAGAAGGAGGAUCUUCCACUAAUCAUCUGGGAAUUUUCAAGAUUAAGGGUACUAAUCAUGAUAAAAACAAGGUGAUUAAGCAGGCUGAAAAGAAGAUUAAUGUUACUAAUCAUGAGAUUAUGGAUAAUUCAGAUUCUGGGUAUUUUGAGAAUGGUGCUAAGGAGCUAGAAUCAGAUGAUUCUGUUGAUGGGUUUAAUGAUGGUUCUAGGAAGAGAAAGAUUAGGGAAGGAUUAGUGGGUGAUUACAGCAGAUUUGACACUAAUCCUGAAUCAGACGAAAAUUCGAGUAAGAAGAAGAAGAAGAACAAGAUGAUGAUUAAGCAGGAUUAUUAUGGUAAUACUAGUAUUAUUAUUAAAGGGGGCAAAUACCAAGCAUUAGACAACACUAAUACUGUUAUCACUAAUAAUAAUAAUAAUACUAAGAUUAAUGCUAAAAAUAAGAAUUUAGUGGCUGCAUCCACUACUAGCAGCAAAUCAAAGAAAGUAAAGGGUCACAAGUGUCCAUAUUGUCCCAGGGUGUUUAAGUCAGGCCAAGCAUUAGGGGGUCACAAGAGGUCCCAUAUGAUGGGAGCCGCCAACCGGAACAUGAACCUGAACACGGGGGAGAAGUCGAAAGUAGAGCGCCCGCCACCGCCACCGAGGCAGCAGCACCAGCACCAGCACCAGCACCAACACCAACACCAGCCUCCUUUGAUUGAUCUUAACCUUCCUGCCCCAAUUGAGGAAGAGGGGAACUCACAGUUUGUGGCAUGGUAGGUUGGAAGUUUCAAUGGGCAUGCAUGAAAGUUUUGCUUUGUGGGAAAUGUGGAAACUUUGUGGGGCCCCUAAAAGUUCAAAAAGGAAAUGGAUUAUUCUUAAGGUGGGUCAUAUCAUAUGGGUUCCAUGAGAAAUUGAGAAUGCAGAUAGAGUGUACAGGGUACAGACUGUUUGGUUGCAUUGGUGGAAGAUUUUUUUGUUUUUGUUUUUAUUUUUUAUUUUUUAUUUUUUAUUGAUAAGGAAAGGAAACCAAACAGACAAUCUUAAUCAUCAUUUCUGAUGAAUUACAAUUCUUUUCUAGUGUUCUUGUUUAAGAACUGAUCUUUUCUCAGUUUCUGAACUGAUCUUUGGCUGCUUCUAGGAAAUUAAUGCAAAAGAAAGAAGCAGAUUUUGUUUUUGCA